AUGAACCUCCCCCGGUGGUUUAGCCACCGGGUUCGGAUCACCCCGCGCCACUCCAAGUCCAGUCCUCCUCUUCGGAACAGGUGCGCGGGUCUUCCGGUCACCGCCGUAUAUCAGCGUGACGGUCGCCGAGUCGCCAUUGUGCUCUACGCGAUACUUGGACAAAGGCCCAAGCGCACGGAUCACAGCCCCUACUUCAUCCUUCGAGAGUUUGGAAUUUCCAAAAGUUUGGCAUGCAAAAUAUUCAAUAGCUGGAUACCACUUCUUGCCCUUAAACUGAAAGAUCUAAUUGUUUGGCUUCCAAAGGAAACUCUGCGAGCUUGCUGUCCAGAAUCCUUCCUCGAGAAUUUUGCUCGUACAACCUGUAUUAUUGACUGUGCUGAAACAUUUAUUCAGAGAUCUACCAACUUGAGAAGUAGGGGUGAAACAUACAGCAAUGAUAAAUCACAUAAUACCGCUAAAUAUCUUGUUGCAAUUUCGCCACAUGGACAGAUCAUGUUCAUCUCUAAGGCAUUUGGAGGGAGGGCAAGUGACAAGGUUAUUGUGGAAAACAGCGGACUAUUAAAUUACCUUAUUUCCGGCGAUGAAGUUAUGGCUGACAGGGGAUUUACUAUUGAAAAAUUAUUGUUUUCUAGACAAAUUAAACUCAACAUUCCAGCAUUCACCAAAGGAAAAGACCAACUUACGGGAGAGGAAGUGACAGCGACUAGACGAAUUGCCAGAGUGAGAAUUCACGUAGAGAGAGCGGCCAGGAGGCUGAAAGUGUUUAAAAUACUUAGUACAACUGUCCCAGUUUCAUGUCUAAAUCUGUUUGAUGAUAUCCUAAUUGUGUGUUCUGCCCUUGUCAAUCUUAGAGGGGAUCUCAUUCGUGAUGUUCAAGACAGUGACUAA